AUGCAACCGCCACAUACUAAUUGUUUUCUAGCAGCACUUCGCCGUUUAAUGUUCCGUCGUAGAAAGUGUUCUUCAAUCUUUAGCGAUAAUGAAAGGAACUUUCUUGGUGCUUCUCGUGUGUUAAACGAGAUGCAUGCAGCUAUUAUGUCGGAACGAAAUCAUUUCCGCAGAAGACAGAAUUCGAUAGAGUUCCAGAAUUCGAUCCCACCACACGCACCACAUUGGGGUGGAGUCUGGGAAUCGCCAGUGCGAUCAUUCAAGUUACAUUUAAGGCGCGUAAUAGGCAAUGGAAUGCUUACGUUUGAGGUGAUAAAUACUUUGCUGACACAGAUUGAAGCAGUUGUGAAUUCUCGCCCUUUAGGCGCUACAUCAGACUCGGAUACUAAUUAUCUUUCUCCUUCUCAUUUUUUGAUUGGUCGCCCGUAUACGUUGGUUCCAGAAAGCGAUCUAAGUCAUGUAAACGUCAACAAAUUAGACUACUGGCAGCACAUACAAAAUAUGCUUCAGGGAUGGCGUACAUGGCAUCAGGAAUACUUAACAUCUCUAAAAAACCGUCCAAAAUGGUUUCGACGGCAACCCAAUAUAGCUGUGGGCAACAUAGUGAUCAUUAAGGAAUCGAACAUACCACCAGCAAAGUGGCUCAUGGCUAAGGUAACUGAAAUACAUCCUGGUUCAGAUGGGCUCGUUCGAGUCGUAAAACUUCACACUGUCCAUGGGAAGAUAACGCGACCCAUUACGAAGGUUGUUGUUUUACCUAAAUUCUGA